AAAAUAUAUGGAUUCUAAUUAUGUACUAAAAGGUGAUGAAUUUAUGAUGAAAGGAGACAAAGCGCUUAAAGGUAGCUAUUUGACAUAAAUGAAGGCUCAACUUUUGGUAAUAUUUUUGGAUCAAAAGGAGAAAGAGCAGAAAAGGCUCUUGAAUUGUAUAAGUCAGCAGCAACACAAUAUAAAUUGGGCAAAAAAUGGGAAAAAGCAUGUGAAGCAUAUUAGCGUUGUAUAACAUGUGAUUAAACUCUGAAAUCUGGGGAAACUGGUGAUUUUUAUAUUGAAGCAGCCAAAGCAAUAAGUAAUGUCAAUAAAGCUGGUAUACUAACAUAAUUUGAGUAUAGAAUCAAUCUAAUUGUACGAGAAAGCAAUAGAACAUUAUGCUAAUGAGAAUAGGUUAGACAAUGCAUCAAGGUACAAGAAGGAAAUUGCUUAAAUUUAUGAAUCCGAGUUUGAAUUCCAUCUAGCAGUCAAAGCUUAUCAAGAAGCUGCAGAUCUAUUUUAGGCAGAUGGGAAACGAACAUCCGAAUAUCAUUAAAUGAGAUUAAAGGUUGCAGAGCUGUCAACGUUAAAUGCCACUGGUGAUUUGAUCGCUGCCAUUAAGGUUUUACUGGGUUUUAUUAAUUAGAUUUUUGAAGAAAUUGGUGACAAAUACAUGGAAAACAAAUUAACAGCUCCAAGUGCCAAAGAACUAUAUUUUAAAUCGUGUUUACUUUAUUUAUGCAACAAUGUAAAUAUAUCAAAAAUGAAUUAAAAUAGGAUUCAGUUGGAUGUGGAAUUGCCCUUGAGAGAUACUUAGAUAAAGAUCCUAGUUUCGCUUCAGCCAGAUAAUAUAAAUUUGUUGUUAAUCUAAUUAAGGCUGUUGACAAUAAUAAUGUGUAGAUGUUUUCAGAUGAAUGGUAAUUAUAAUAUAUUAAUAACAGUUUUGAUUUCAAUAAGAUUAUACCUCUAGACAAAUGGAAAUUGAAUGUCUUGAAUAAGAUCAAAGAGGGAAUGCAACCAAUUUAAUAAGUUGAGGAUGGAGGUUUUAGGUGAUAAAUAAAAU